CACCGCAGACAACCACACCCACCACAACAUUGGAAACUACCACGCAAUCAACUUCCCAAUCCACCACAAAUACACCGACAACAGAUACAACCACCGUACAAUUUACAACAACCACUCCGCAAACAACCACACCAACCACAACAUUGCAAACUACCAUGCAAUCAACUUCCCAAUCCACCACAAAUACACCGACAACAACAGAUGUAACGACUGUACAUUUGACAACCACACAUCAGGCAACCACACCAACAAUCGUGUCGCAAUCAGUAUCAACAACCACAACAGCAUCUACAUCCACAACAUCUCUCCCCACCACACUUGCAUCACCAACAACAUUGACAACAGUCACAACAGCAUCACCAUCAACCACAACAAUAUCUCCAACCACAACAGUGUCACAAACAACAUAUACCCCAACUACAACCACUCUUCCAACAACAUCUUCAACAACAACAUCUUCAACAUCGCCAAGCACAACAGCAUCGCCCUCUACAACAUCUACAGUACCAGGUUUGCCAAGAAAUCUAACUCUUGCCAGUGGAGGAGUAACAAACACAUCUCUGCAAGUCAUUUGGCUGAGUGCUCUGGGAGAUGUUGAACGAUACACGGCAUUAAUCUCUCCUGGAGAUUCACCCUCCAUUGCUAUUAGCCCGAAUGGUUCACUCAAUGCCAAGUUUGCUGGGCUGAGACCCGGAGUCCUAUACAUCAUCACUGUGAAAGCCAUUGGCAAAGGAAAUCUCUCUGGUGAAGGAGUGUCUGUGACUGCGAGGACAGUUCCAGGGAAUGCAAGGAAUUUGACCUUCACCAGUCAAGGAGUGACCAACAAGUCCUUGGAAAUUGUCUGGACGAGCGCUCAGGGCGACGUGGCACAAUAUUCGGUGCUCAUCUCUCCGGCAAACGUUUCUGCCCUUUCCAUCAGUCCAAAUGGGUUACUCAUCGCCAAGUUUGAUAAUUUGAGAGCAGGUGUCCUCUAUGUCAUCAACGUGAAAACCACUGAUCAUGGGAAUAACUCCAAUGAUGGGGUAUCUGUGACGCAAAGAACAGACUUUGACGAAUGCAGCGAUGGGACCAGCAAAUGCGCUCAGCUGUGCAAUGAGCUGAACCUCUUUGAGAACAGCCAGGGAUACAACUGCAGCUGCAUCGGUGGCUUCAAGAUGCAGCAAGAUGGCAUUAGUUGUCAGCCUAUUGUGAGCUGCACACUGGCCUGUACCAAUGGAAGGUGCUUUAUUGAUCCCAACACAAAAAGGCCAACCUGCUCCUGUAACAUUGGUUUCGUCCUUGACAAAAGCCAGCAAAACUGCUUGGAUUUGAAUGAAUGUGAAGAGCAGCCUAAACCGUGUGAGCAGGAAUGCUCUAACGUCAUCGGAAGCUACAGGUGCUCCUGUUCUCCUGGGUUCACACAGGAUCCCGUUGUUGCUAACAGAUGCAUUGAUGUUGAUGAGUGCCAGAGUAAUCCUUGCACAAAUUCUGGCACCUGUCAAAACAUGGUAAAUAAAUUCUCCUGCCAUUGUACCAGUGGGUGGACCGGUGUCUACUGUGAUGAAGAUGUAAAUGAAUGUGCCUCUAGACCAUGCUCCCAUGGAGGAACCUGUGUUAACACACAGGGCUCCUUCUCUUGCACAUGUGCACCCGGUUGGAGUGGGAACCUCUGUUCACUGCUUGUGGAUGAAUGUGCGUCCAACCCGUGCAUCCACGGCACAUGUGUGGAUCAGGUCAACGCCUUCUUCUGCAGAUGUGACGAGGGGUGGUCGGGCGACACAUGCACUACGAACAUCGACGACUGCGUGAAUGCACAGUGCCAAAAUGGUGCAACCUGCAUUGACAUUCUGAAGGGAUACAACUGUUCCUGUAUUCUGGGAUACACAGGGCAAUACUGCCAAUACAAUAUCGAUGACUGCAUUGGAAACGAGUGUCAGCACAGUAGCACAUGUCUGGAUGGUGUCAAUAGUUACAUCUGCCUUUGUCCGAGUGGAUGGAGUGGUGUUCGCUGUGCAAGUGACAUUAAUGAGUGCAGAGUUGGACCUUUUCCCUGCCACGGAACGCUUGGGAUCUGUACCAAUACGCCUGGCUCAUAUGCUUGCUCGUGCAAGCCUGGCUAUGAGGGAGAUGGCAUUCAGUGCUUCGAGAAGAGGCUCUUCGAUUAUGGGAGAAAUGUGUACGACCAAAGUCCGUAUAUUUGGGACACAGACUAUGUGUCUCCGUUCUUCUCACCACCGUACGGAUUUCCAUUCGGAACCAGGUUCUACCAACAGUUGUAUUUCACAGACAACGGGUUGAUUGUGUUCAAAGAAAACGAAGACCAAUCAAAGUUUGCUUAUCCAAAUCCAACUAGAAAUUCAUGGUGGUACUAUACUCCCAUGAUUGCAGUUUUCUGGGACGAUUGUGACUUCUCAUCCGGCAUUGGAAAAAUAUAUUACCAGGAGUAUGACUUUACUGUUGGCAACCCGAGCCAAAAUGCAACACAGCUCCGUGAAAAGGUGCAGGCGCAGGUCCGAGCCAACUUCAGCACUGUGCCGGAUAUAAUAAACUAUGUGCCCACCUGGAUGUUAAAGAUCACCUGGGAGGAAGCUCCUGCUGUGCCAGCAAGCAACAAUGGCAGAUAUACAAACACCUUCCAAGCCAUCCUGAGUACAGAUGGCAUAUUUUCAUUCUGCCUACAAAUAUAUAAAGAUGGGGGCAUGCGAUGGAGAACUGAAGUUAGGGAUUUCAACAAUGCUGUCAUGGGCUUCAUGAGUGGACUAGAAAAUAGCCCUUACAUUGAACCAAUUUCACUGUCGCCAAAUGCCACCGUACGAUAUCGUCCAGACCAGGCUGAUGGAACAAAUACAGGCUUGAAGGGGAGAUCAACACUCAGGUUGGAUACGAACUCAUAUUAUACCAAAAAUCCAAAACGCGAAUGCCUAAAAUGGUAUCAAAAUGAGGGAAACACCCCCUACUUCAGUCCCUUCACUACCUGCCCUUGUUUCUAUUGGCAAGGGUAUUUUGACAUGUCCUACGUUGACGGGAACAUCAUACAAAUGUAUGGCUACAAUCCUCCCUACGUCUCAGGUGCAUCUCGGAGUCUACAGAACAUUUGGCCAGACUACAAUGGUGGAGGGGUGAGAUGCCACUAUAGCUGGUCGGGCUCUCUGCUGUCGGGUGGGUACGAGAGGUAUCUGCCCACUCCUUGGAACUACUGGUGGUGGUGGGGGGGGGCGUAUUAUUUGCAACUACAAAGACAAGAAUAUCAACAAAAGGAAGCGGAUCCCUACCAAUACUGCUGUCAGUCUGGAGACAGUCGGCUGUGUCGCCUGUACCAAGAGAAACGCCCUCGCAACCAAUGUUCAUUCUACAGGCCUCCUUUCUUCGCGUUUCUCCUUGGCGACCCUCACAUCACGACGCUGGACAACGUCUCGUACACCUUUAACGGCCUGGGAGAGUACACGGUCUUGGAGGUGUCUGGCGAUCAGAACCAUUUCACCAUGCAGGCCCGGACGGCGAUCGCAGGGUCCAAUGGGACCUCAAAAGCCACGUCGUUUGUGGCCAUCGUGGCCCAAGAAAAUGGCAGCAGCAAGGUUGAAUGGAUUCUCAAAGACAACAUCACUGUCGUGCUAUUAGAUAGUCAAGUUACUCAAGUCUCAGGAAACAAAACGUUUCAGAACCAGACGUCAGUCGAGCUGUCGUAUGGGUCAGUUGUCGCGUCGUUCCCAUCGGGUAUCUCCGUGAAUGUGACGGCUUCUUACGGGGCGCUCAACUUCAUCACCCUGCUACCCCAAAAAUUUGUCAACCAAACGCAAGGCUUGCUGGGUGUUUUCAACGGUGAUCCUAAAGAUGAUUUUAAAUCUAAGAAUGGCACUGUGCUGCCCUUUGAUGGAACAAAUGUCCCUCCAGAGAACCAGUUAUACUAUGAUUUUGGAGUCACAUGGCAAAUCGCUGCAAACACGAGCUUGUUUUCUUACAACACCAGUGCUGGGGAGAGCUGGCACACCUACAACAACAACAGCUUUGUGCCGAUGUUUUAUGAAGAACUCCUUAAUCGGACAUCGCCCAAAAAACUGGCCGACGUCAGCGCAUCCUGCGGAGGGCAAAAGGACUGCAUUUUUGAUGUGCUCAGCACUGACGACCCCAAUUUUGGGCAGGCCACGAAGAACAGCGCUGGAGAAUUUGGAUCGCAGGGCCAAACACUGCAAAACUUCCCUCCCAACAUUACAAGCAGCGGACAGCUCUCGACCAAAGUGAAUUCUACGGUGUGGGCCAAAGUAAUUGCAGAGGACCCCAAUAAUGACACCAUUGUCUUCACCCUUUCGACAAACUCAUCAGGCCUCACAAUUACAAGCGAUGGGAAUUUGACGUGGAGUCCCAGAAGCUCGGAGCCAGCGUUUGGCGUGGUGAGCGCCAGCGACGGCAAGGCCUCCUCUGCGCUGCUGCUCAACCUCACUCUCUGCAACUGCAGCGCGAACUCCAUGUGCCUCUCCAACCAGACCACCCUGAGCAUCAAUGGCAGCGACGGAUCCAAUUUUCAGGUUUCCGGCUGUCUGUGUGAUCCUGGCUACGCGGGAGUGUAUUGCACGGACGACUACAAUGCCUGUGUAGACAGCCCUUGCCAUCCUGGAGUGAACUGCACAGAUGAACCUGCACCCUCCCUAGGCUUUUCGUGCGGGCCCUGUCCCGCUGGGCUCACAGGCAACGGGAGCAAGUGUUUCGAUGUGGACGAGUGCAUGUUACAGCUGUCUGAUUGUAACCAAACGUGCACGAAUAUAAUUAAUGGCUACACGUGCAGCUGCAAUGAUGGCUAUCGUAAUGUCACCAUGGACAGCCACAGAUGUGAAGACAUUGAUGAGUGUGCCCUGAAUUCAUCUCUUUGUGUCAAAAAUGCCCAUUGUGUAAACACACCUGGCCACUAUGACUGCAGUUGCAAUGCUGGCUUCAGAGGAAAUGGAUUUAUAGAUUGUCAAGAUGAAGAUGAAUGUUCAGUCAAAAAUAAUCCCUGCUUAUCCGUAAACAAUUCAUUUUGCAACAAUAGCAUCGGGUCCUAUUCCUGCAUCUGCACUUCCGGCUAUAAUGGCACAACUUGUGAAGAUAUAAAUGAAUGCAUAAGCGGGCAGAACAAUUGUCCCGUCAACGCCAAUUGCACCAAUACGAUCGGCUCCUAUACGUGUGCAUGCAAACUGGGCUAUGAGGGAAAUGGCUGGAACUGUAAGGAUAUCGACGAAUGUAUGACGGGAAACCAUUGUAAUAGUAACGGAUCAGAAUGUAUGAACACUGAUGGGUCAUAUUACUGCACCUGUGCGCUUGGAUUCACUGGGAAUGGAACCUACUGCGCAGAUAUAAAUGAAUGCACGGCCAAUCCAUACUUGUGCCAGGACACAGAAGAAUGUAUGAAUGGUAUUGGAAGCUACAAAUGCGAGUGCUUACCAGGUUACAUAAGGAAUGGAACAAUUUGUACAGAUGUUGAUGAGUGCAAGAAAAGCCAACCGUGUGACGCGAACACGAUGGUGUGCAGCAACACGAUAGGAUCGUACACAUGUCUGUGCAAGGCGGGAUACCAGUAUGAUAGCACAGCUCGCAUCUGUACUGACACGGACGAGUGCGUCGUUUCAUCAUUAAACAACUGCUCGAGGACGACAGGGCUCUGCCAAAAUUUCGAUGGAAGUUUCACGUGCCAGUGCAUGGCUGGCUACACGGGAGAUGGAGUCACGUGCACAGAUAUCGAUGAGUGUAACCCACCGGAAAAUGCAACGCAGCCCUGCAAAGGCCCUGUCGGAGUGAGAUGUAACAACACCAUUGGCCACUACACAUGCAGCUGUCCCUUCGGAUACUACUUGGACAGUGAUGGAACCACAUGCAAAGAUGUUGAUGAAUGCAUCAGAGGACUCCACAACUGCACCCAGAACUGCACGAACAUCGAAGGAGGCUUCACCUGCAGCUGCUUUGCCCGUUUCAGCUCUGUGAAUGGGACUUGUAAACCAAACCAAACUUGUGUGACGGACGUUUGCAAUGGAACUGGAGAUUGUUACAUUGAUGAAACAACUCUCCCAGGAUGUUCCUGCAAUUCUGGGUACACCCUCAAUGGCACGAGCAAAACGCAAUGCAUCAAUAUUGAUGAGUGCAGCUUAUCCGUGGCUGAUGGACAGACACCUUGCGACUCCAUAUACGGGACAUGCACUGACACAAUCGGCAGCUUCAAGUGUGGAUGUGUGGCUGGGUACGCGGUCGUAAGCGACAGCCGGACCUGCCAAGACGUGGACGAGUGUCAGAGCGGAAUCUAUAACUGCACUCAAUAUUCCACGUGUCGUAACUUAGAAGGAAAUUAUACCUGCAUCUGCAACAGUGGAUAUGUCCAAUCUGGAGAGACGUGCAUAGAUGUUGAUGAGUGUCAAAAAGCAGGUAGUGCUCUCUGUGGUCAUGGAGCCUACUGUGCUAACACAUUGGGUUCAUACGCAUGCAGGUGUCUUGUGGGAUACGUAGGCAAUGGCACUGUCUGCCUGGAUGUGGAUGAGUGUCUGCUCCCCAGCAACAACUGCAGUGCCAAUUCAACCUGCACAAACACCCCAGGCUUCUACCAAUGCCAGUGUGAUGCUGGUUUCCAAAAAACUGGAGAGAUGUGCACAGAUGUAGAUGAGUGUCUGAAAUUUGGCAGUGCGGUCUGUGGGCAAGGAGCCUACUGUGUCAACAUGGUAGGUUCAUACAAUUGCCCGUGUCUUGCGGGAUACAUAGGCAAUGGCACUGUCUGCCUGGAUGUGGAUGAGUGUCAGCUCCCCAGCAACAACUGCAGUGCCAAUUCAACCUGCAAAAACACGCCAGGCUCCUUCCAAUGCCAGUGUGAUGCUGGUUUCCAAAAAACUGCAGAGAUAUGCGUAGAUGUGAAUGAGUGUCAAACAUCUGGCAGUGCGGCCUGUGGGCCAGGAGCCUACUGUGUCAACACGGUGGGUUCAUACAAUUGCCAGUGUCUUGCGGGAUACAUAGGCAAUGGCACUGUCUGCCUGGAUGUGGAUGAGUGUCUGCUCCCCAGCAACAACUGCAGUGCCAAUUCAACCUGCAAGAACACGCCAGGCUCCUUCCAAUGCCAGUGUGAUGCUGGUUUCCAAAGUAAUGCUACUGUGUGCGAGGACAUCGACGAGUGUGGGAGAGUCCCAACUGUGUGUGGCUUGGGAACGGUUUGUGAGAACACAGUGGGGUCAUACCGCUGCCCCUGCGCUCCAGGAUAUCAACGCAACACAAGUGAUGGAAAUGCAACAUGCUCACUCGCAACGACAUAUUCAACCACGCCAGGGACUGCUAAUUCAACACAGUCACCACAGACAGCGAGUCCACCAAGAUCAACCACCUCAAACACAACGAGUAAUUCUGCAGUAUUCUUCACAUCAGAAGGUGUAUCGGCCGCUACUGCACCAAUGAAUGCAUCAUUCACUGCAAUUACUCAACCUCCAUCAUUCUCAACAUCAGCUGCCUCGGUAACACAUAUAACAGAUGAUAUGAAUGCAACCACUACCGCUGUAGAGACAUCACCAAUAACAGCGCCCUCGAACACAUCAACAGCGAAUACAUCAGCUGUGACUCAACCUCCAUCAUUCUCAACAUCAGCCGCCUCGAUAACAAAUACAACUGAUUAUAUGAAUGCAACCGCUACUGCUGUAGAGACAUCACCAAUAUCAGCGCUCUCGAACACAACAGCAGCGAAUACAUCAGCUGUGACUCAACCUCCAUCAUUCUCAACAUUAGCCGCCUCAGUAACACAUAUAACAGAUGAUAUGAAUGCAACCACUACCGCUGUAGAGACAUCACCAAUAACAGCGCCCUCGAACACAACAACAGCGAAUACAUCAGCUGUGACUCAACCUCCAUCAUUCUCAACAUCAGCCGCCUCGAUAACAAAUACAACUGAUUAUAUGAAUGCAACCGCUACUGCUGUAGAGACAUCACCAAUAUCAGCGCUCUCGAACACAACAGCAGCGAAUACAUCAGCUGUGACUCAACCUCCAUCAUUCUCAACAUUAGCCGCCUCAGUAACACAUAUAACAGAUUAUAUGAAUGCAACCGCUACCGCUGUAGAGACAUCACCAAUAACAGCACCCUCGAACACAACAACAGCGAAUACAUCAGCUGUGACUCAACCUCCAUCAUUCUCAACAUUAGCCGCCUCGGUAACACAUAUAACAGAUUAUAUGAAUGCAACCGCUACCGCUGUAGAGACAUCACCAAUAACAGCGCCCUCGAACACAACAGCAGCGAAUACAUCAGCUGUGACUCAACCUCCAUCAUUCUCAACAUUAGCCGCCUCGGUAACACAUAUAACAGAUUAUAUGAAUGCAACCACUACCGCUGUAGAGACAUCACCAAUAACAGUGCCCUCGAACACAACAGCAGUGAAUACAUCAGCUGUGGAUUCGACAACAGCAUCAACAACGAGAGUUGGGACCGAAAGCACAUUAGUGACGGUGAAUAUGAAUACAACAGGUCCCGUAGCUCUAACAGAGGCAUCAAACGCAACUUCAAAGACCACUGUGACAUCAGUGACCACCGCAGCCAUGUCUACAAUAGGACCUAAUGGCACAAACGUGACUCUACCAAUAUUAGGGACAUCAAACACAACAACCACAGUCACAAUGGCACACAUAGUUACAACAGCAACUCCCAAUUCCUCAACGGGAGCGUCGACAAGUGCGAUUUCGCCUGCUACAUCGAACACGACAGCAGCUUACACAGCUGUGGGCUCGGCAACAACAUCAACAACUACAUUGCAAACCAAUAGCACAACAGUGACUGCACUUACAAACCAGUCAACAAGCACAGCUGUGACUCAACCGAUAGUGAACUCACCCACCUCAUACACAACAAUAAUAUCAACAGUGUCAUCGUCUACAGCCUCAACCACAAAUGCAACAGUCACUCCGAAUUCAACAAUCAGUAUCAUUUCAACGGUGACAUCUCCAACGACUGCAUCGACUUCCACCACUGUGUCUAACUCAGGUACAACACCAACUUCAAAUGGAACAACACAAUCCACAACAACUGUUAUUACAUCGUCGAUAUCACCGACACCGUCAUCCGCAACAACUGUCUCCACGACCUCCGUGCCAACUACGACUGCAAUCGUGGUGCCGGGACUCGUGAAAAAUUUGACUUUGACCAGCCAAGGAGUGAAAAACACCUCCCUGGAGGUUGUGUGGCUGGCUGCCGAGGGUUAUGUGGAGCAGUACAUUGCAUUCAUCUCUCCUCAAGAGGCAUCGGCUGUGUCGGUCAGCCCAAACGGGUCACUCACAGCCAGGUUUUCUGCGCUACGUCCUGGUGUUGAAUACACAAUCACGGUCAAAACCUUCGGAAGAGGCAAUGUCUCCAAUGCCGGAGUGUCAGUGAAGCAAGUAACAGCACUCACCACCUGCAACAUUGCCUGCACCAACGGCCAAUGCUUCAUUGAUGCGAAGACAUCAAUGUCUACCUGCUACUGUAACAGUGGGUUCAGCCUCACCAGCCCGCAGAUAUGCAGUGACGUGGAUGAAUGUCAGUCGAGGCCUUGCAAACAUGGAGGCAGCUGUGCCAACACUCAAGGCUCCUACUCGUGUAGCUGUGUGUCAGGCUGGAGUGGGCUGAACUGCACAGAGAAUAUUGACGACUGUGCUGGAAGUGUAUGCCAAAAUAGUGCAACCUGUUUGGACGGUGAUAAUAGCUACACUUGUAUUUGCCGGAGUGGAUGGAGAGGUGUGAACUGCUCAGAAGAUGUUGACGAGUGUAUAGCGCGGCCCUGCCAUGCCACGCGUGCCACCUGCACCAACAUAGCGGGCUCCUUCAGCUGCAAAUGCAAUGCUGGUUACGAGGGAGAUGGUGUUCAAUGCAUUGAGAAAAGACUUUUCGAAUAUGGACCAACUGUGGGUGACACAACUAUGAAGAUCUUUUCCACGGAUUCAGUGUCUCCUUUCUUCUCACCUCCGUAUGGUUUUCCUUUUGCCUCCAAGUUCUACCAGCGGUUGUAUUUUACAGACAAUGGCCUGAUUAUUUUCAAAGAUGUCGAAGAUUCAACGAAAUUUGCCUAUCCCAACCCCUUCAUCAACGGUUUUACAGAGACCUCUUCUAUCCCUAUGAUUGCCGUGUUCUGGGAUGAUGCUGACUUCUCCUCAGAAACUGGGAACAUGUACUUUCAGGAGUAUGAUUUUAAUCAAGGCCUCAGCAAUAAUACUGAUGCCUUGACCCUUCGUGGGAAGGUGAUGGAGCAGAUCCAAGCCAACUUUAGCAGCCAGUCAGACACACAUGGCUAUGAGCCCACAUGGAUGUUGAAGAUCACCUGGGCGGAGGCCCCGGCUGUGCCUGCCAGGAGCAACUAUAAAUACACGAACACCUUCCAGGCCGUUCUGAGCACGGAUGGCGACUCCUCGUUCUGCCUCAUAUUUUUCAAAGAUGGAGGCAUGCAAUGGAGGCCAGAAGCCAGAGACCCCGGCUCUAACAAUGCCCUCAUGGGAUUCAAUAGUGGAACAAACCGGUUCUAUUACAAUGACGCACUGUCAAGACCGACAAAUCCAGCUCGCUAUCGCCCAGAUACGGUCAUUGGAAACAAUACUGGUCUAAAAGGAAGAUGGGCUUACAGGCUGGAUACAAACUUGGCUGUGACCACUAAUCCAAAGCGCAAGUGUAUGGACUGGUAUAGGAAUGAGUUAGCCCUGCCUUCCAUCAGCAGAUUCACUACCUGUCCCUGCUCUUUGUGGCAAGGACAGUUUGACAUGUCCUACAUCAAUGGGGACAUAUCCAGAUAUGGCUACCAGCCUCCAAAUGUCACAGGUUCAUUUUGGAGCUUGCAAAGCUUCAAUAAAGAUAGAUUUGGUGGAGGGGUGAGAUGCCACUACAACAAAUUUGGGGCCCUUGUGUCUGGGUCGUAUGAGAGGUAUCUUCCUACCCCUUGGGUCACGAACACUCAGCAAGACAUUCAACUUUACUCGACAAAUGAAACAGAACCAUAUCGAUCAUGUUGCCAGUCUGGAGAUGCCAGGUUUUGCAGGCUGUACCAACAGAAACGCCCUCCCAACCAAUGUGCUUUCUACAGGCCACCGUUUGCUGCGUUUCUCAUUGGCGACCCUCACAUCACCACCCUGGACAAUGUCUCGUACACCUUCAAUGGCCUGGGAGAGUACACUGUGUUGGAAGCGGUUGGAGAUGGGGUGAAUUUCACCAUGCAGGGCCGCACAGGAAUUGCGAGGACCAAUGCCUCCACCAAUAUUUCUUCAAAAGCAACGUCCUUCAUAGCCAUUGUUGCACAGGAGACCGGCGGCAUUAAGGUUGAAUGGAUUCUCAAAAACAGCAGCAUAGUAGUACUGGUAGAUGGCAAACAGAUCAAUUCAACAGAUGCCAUCUACAAUCAGACCAUGUCAAUCAAUUGGUCAGACGGACAUGUGGUAGCCACCUUCGCAUCGGGCAUCUCAUUGAACGUGUCCAGCGUUUCUGGGGCCCUCAACUUCAUCACCUCAUUGCAAGAGAGUUUUAUCAACCGCACGAAAGGCCUGCUGGGUGUUUUCAACAAGGAUCCCACCGAUGACUUUCAAGCUUCAAAUGGAACAGUUCUUCGCUUCAAUGGAAGCAGUGUGCCUCCUGAAUCGCAAAUAUAUUAUAGCUUUGGAAUUACAUGGCAAACAAAGCCAAGCACAAGCCUGUUUACUUAUAACGCCACCAGUGGGGAGACUUGGUCCACAUUCAACAACAACAGCUUUGUGCCUACAUUCUAUGAAGAACUCAUAAAUCAGACAUCUGCAAAACAACUUGCCGACAUUCAGGAAUUAUGUGGAGGACAGUUCGACUGCAUAUUUGACAUGCUGAGUACCGGCGACAGAACCUUUGCGCUGGCCACAUCGCAGAGCGCUAUGGAAUUUGGCUCUCAGCAGAAAGCUCUACAAAACUUCCCUCCCAACAUUACCAGCGACGGGCAAAUUUCUACCAUGCUGAAUCAAGUAGUUACAGUCAAAAUCAGCGCAGUGGACUCGAACAACGACACCAUUGUAUUUACCAUUUCAAGAAAUUCCUCAGACCUCAACAUCACAGCCGAUGGGACUUUGACGUGGAGCCCCAGAAGCUCAGAGCCAGCAUUUGGCGUAGUGAGCGCCAGCAACGGCAAGGCCUCUUCUUCGUUGCUGCUCAACCUCACCUUGUGCAACUGCAGCGCAAACUCCACGUGCAACUACAACCAGACCACCCUGAGCAUCACCGGCAGCGACGGAUCCACUUUCCAGGUUUCCGGCUGUCUGUGUGAUCCUGGCUACGCGGGAGUGUACUGCACGGACGACUACAAUGCCUGUGUAGACAGCCCUUGCCAUCCUGGAGUGAACUGCACAGAUGAACCUGCACCCUCCCUAGGCUUUUCGUGUGGGCCCUGUCCCGUUGGGCUCACAGGCAACGGGAGCAAGUGUUACGAUGUGGACGAAUGUCUCAAUUCGCCCCCACCAUGCGAGCAGACCUGCUUGAAUACGCUCAAAAGCUUCGAAUGCAACUGUACCACUGGCUUCAUCAUCAACACAGAAAAUAGCACACAAUGCGACGACAUAGAUGAGUGCGCCUUGAACUCUACACUUUGUCAUGUAAAUGGCCAAUGUGUGAACACACCUGGGGGUUACAAUUGUACAUGCAAUCCUGGAUUCCAAGGAGACGGAAAAUUAUAUUGCAUAGAUAUAGAUGAGUGUGCAUUGGCCACCAAUCCCUGCUUUUCCAUUAACAAUUCAGUCUGCCUGAACAGUGAAGGGUCCUAUUCUUGUAACUGCACAUCUGGCUACGCUGGACCAAACUGCACAGAUAUAAAUGAGUGUACAAGUGGCCAUGAUUCAUGUCACUCAAAUGCCACAUGCUCCAACACGGACGGCUCCUACAGUUGCAGCUGCAACACUGGCUACGUCGGAAAUGGCAUGAACUGCGCCGACGAAGACGAGUGUUCGAAUGGGAAAAGCAACUGUGAUAGGAAUUAUGCAAACUGUGUGAACACCGUUGGAUCCUUCACUUGCCUAUGUGCCAGCGGAUACACUGGCAAUGGGACCUACUGCACAGACAUCAAUGAAUGCGAGAAUCAAACCAUCUGCCGAGCCAAUGAAAAUUGCAUGAACGUACCCGGCAACUAUACCUGUGAGUGCAAUCCCGGAUACAGAUGGAACGCAACCCUUUGUACAGACAUCGAUGAAUGUGUGGAAUCACAGCCGUGCGACAAGAAAACCAAGAUAUGCAGAAACAACAAUGGCUCGUACACAUGCGUCUGCAAUGCAGGAUACCAGCUGGACGCGGACGGCAACUGUACAGAUAUCAACGAGUGUGCCAUCGCAUCCCUGAACAAAUGCACAGCGGAAAGUGUCUGCCAGAACUUUGAUGGCAGCUACUCCUGUCAGUGCAAGGCUGGAUACAGGGAUACUGGAGGCAACUGCACUGACAUUGAUGAGUGUCAACCACCAAUGAACACAUCUCAGCCUUGCAAAGGCCCAGUUGGUGUCAACUGCACCAACACCCCUGGCCUUUUCAAGUGCACUUGUCCACCUGGAUAUUACCUGGAAAAUGAUGGAACAACCUGCCUAGAUGUUGAUGAAUGUGUGAAAAGUCUUCACAACUGCUCUCAGAACUGCACGAACACUGAAGGAGGCUAUGAGUGCAGCUGCUUCGAUCUCUUCAGCAACGUGAAUGGCACUUGUCAACCCAAUAUUUCUUGUCAGGCAGAUGUAUGCAAUGCAACUGGCACCUGUUACAUAGACAGCACGAAUUCCAAAGCCUGUGCCUGUAAUAAUGGAUAUAUUCUAAACGGCACGAGCAUAACGGAUUGCAUCAAUGUUAACGAGUGCAGCAUAUCCGUGGCCAACAGACAGACGCCUUGCGACUCCAAUUACGGGACGUGCAGUGACACAAUCGGCAGCUUCACGUGUGGCUGUGUGUCUGGGUACACGAUCGGUAGCGACGACCGGACCUGCAAUGAUGUGAACGAGUGUGAGAUCGGAAUCUACAACUGCACUGAACAUUCUACGUGUUAUAACUCUAAAGGAAGUUAUUACUGCAUCUGCAAUAGUGGAUAUAACAGUAAUGGGGCACUAUGCGUGGACAUUGAUGAAUGUGGGACAAAUACAGCCGACUGUGGAUCUGGAACCAGUUGUGAAAACACAGUCGGGUCAUACAACUGCUCAUGCAUUCAAGGAUAUCAGCGCACCACAAAUGAUACACAUGCAAGUUGUACAAUCCAAACGACUACACCGCCUCAAACAACAGGAAUUACCAAUACAACACAAGCCUCACCCUCUGCAGGAGUUUAUUUUACAACCAAUACGUCAAGCUCAACAAGAGCACCAUUAACAGAAAUUUCUCCAGACGGAGUUAAUUCUACGAUUGUCUCAAGCCCAGCAACAGCAUCACCAAUCACAGCUCCUACAGACAAAGUUAAUUCUACGAUUCUCUCAAGCCCAGCAACAGCAUCACAAAUCGCAGUUUCGACGGACAGAGUUAAUUCUACGAUUGUCUCAAGCCCAGCAACAGCAUCACCAACAGCAACUUCUACAAUCGGUGCUAAUUCUACGAUUGUCUCAAGCCCAGCAUCAGCAACAGCCACUUCUAUGGUCGGAGCUAAUUCUACGAUUGUCUCAAGCCCAACAACAGCCUCACCAACAGCAACUUCUACAAUCGGUGCUAAUUCUACGAUUGUCUCAAGCCCAGCAUCAGUAACAGCAACUUCUAUGGUCGGAGCUAAUUCUACGAUUGUCUCAAGCCCAGCAACAGCCUCACCAACAGCAACUUCUACGGUCAGAGCUAAUUCUACGAUUGUCUCAAGCCCAGCAACAGCAUCAGCAACAGCAACUUCUACGGUCGGUGCUAAUUCUACGAUUGUCUCAAGCCCAGCAUCAGCAACAGCAACUUCUAUGGUCGGAGUUAAUUCUACGAUUGUCUCAAGCCCAACAACAGCCUCGCCAACAGCAACUUCUACGGUCAGAGUUAAUUCUACAACAAAUGCUUCGACCACAGCAACAUCUCCAGUUUCCCCCAUUAUAGGGCAAACUUCAACAACCGUUUCCUCUACAACAGGAAAUUCCUCUAGUCCAAUAACUGCAACAUCGACAAGCAGGACAAAUGCGACAGCUAAUACUCUCAGUUCCAUGUCAGCCACAACCGUAGUGCCAACUUCAACUGAAAACCUGACUUCGACUGUUCCACCUACUUCACAGUCAACCGUGACGGUGACUCAGAACACAACGGGCACUUCAGCUACAUCAAGUGCAACCGCGUCUUCGACUGUUAUAGUUCCGCCAUCCACAUCUUCAACCGCGACAUCGACGUCAGUCGGGACGACGACCACGUCGCAGCCAUCCACAACCACCCCGUCUGCCACGCUUAUAGAUUACAGACUUUUUGCAUAUGGCACAAAUGUAAACGAUAUCAUUCUGCAGUUCCAAAUUAGAGACUUUGUGUCUCCGUACUUCAUGCCACCCUAUGAUUUUCCUUUUGGUUCCAAGUUCUUCCAGAAACUAUAUUUUUCAGACAAUGGGGUGAUCGUAUUCCAGCAAAGUGAAGAGACGAAUAAGUUUCCCUAUCCAAACCCCUUCUCCGGUGGAUUUCCAAGUUCAUUCUCAGUCGCAAUGAUUGCUGUCUUCUGGGAUGAUUCUGACUUCUCGUCGAAUGUCGGCAAGAUCUAUUAUCAGGAGUAUGAUUUUACAGGCGGCAAAGUCCAAACUUCGCACGCAUUGGAACUUCGGCAGAUAGUGCAGGCGCAGAUCAGAGCCAACUUCACGCAAACGGAAGUGCAGACCUACACGCCCGUAUGGAUGCUGAAGAUCACGUGGGAAAACGCCCCAGCCGUGCCAGCCAACAGCAACUUGAAAUACACAAACACAUUCCAGGCUGUGAUUAGCACCGAUGGCGUCUACUCAUUCUGCCUGAUCAUGUUUAAGGAUGGGGGCAUGCAAUGGAGGACGGAGGCUAGGGACAAGCUGGCAAACAACGCUUUGAUAGGAUUCAACAGUGGAACAUCUGCCGCAUACAUCGACCCAGUGUCAUUGAAUGCAACAACCAAGUACCGUCCCGACCAGGUCAAAGGAUUGCAUACUGGCCUAAAUGGAAGAUUCGCCUACAUGCUGACAGACAACGUGCCAAAUAGAAAAAAUACAAAGCGUCAGUGUCUGAAUUGGUAUUCGAACGAUACAGCUCAUCCGUCCAUCAACCCCAUCAAGAGCUGUCCCUGUUCCUUUUGGCAAGGAAUGUUUGACAUGUCCUACGUGGAUGGAAACCUCAUCACUACUUACGGCUACCAGCUUCCAUAUGUCCCAGGUGCAUUUUGGAGUCUUCAAAACUUCUGGACAGAUGCCAGUGGUGGAGGGGUGAGAUGCCACUACAACCGGUGGGGCGCCCUGGUGUCCGGGUGGUAUGAGCGCUACCUCCCCACCCCCUGGACGAAUCCGUCAAGAGUAACGAAUCAGCAGUACCUGACAAAUGAAGUGGACCCGUACAACGCUUGCUGCAGAUCUGGAGACAAGGCAUUGUGCAAUAUGUACCAGCAGAGGCGUCCCUCUGACCGUUGUUCAUACUACAGACCACCUUUCUACGCAAUUCUCAUUGGCGACCCUCACAUCACUACACUGGACAACGUCUCUUACACGUUUAACGGCCUUGGAGAGUACACGAUCCUGGAAGUGUUUACAAACAAUGUCACGAGCUUCACCAUGCAGGGUCGAACUGGAAUUGCAAGCGCCAAUGCGAGUGCCAAUGUGACCACUAAAGCCACUUCAUUCAUAGCCAUCGUAGCACAGCAGAUCGGUGAUUACAAGGUACGUACCAGGUGAUUGUUAAACGGUCUCGGGUGUAAAUGGAUGGCAGAUUAAUGUAGGGAUUUGACUGCACGGAACACGCACUGUGCGAAGGAUAUGAUCAUAUGGAAGCCAAGUUGCUAUCGGUAUUUUAUUUUGUUAUGUCACAGUUCCGUGAGCAGUGCUUAAAUUCAGCCGGGACCGUAGAUUGCUGUUUCGGGAUUUAACUCGGCAUGCCACAUCCAGUGGUGUGUCUAGGAUUAUUACGGACAGGAGUACCUUGUACUGGUCGUGCCCCAUGAUGAUAAUCCCGACUGCACACCAGCCUUAAAGUGUUACGGAAAUAUGUAGUGAGGAAUUAAGCCCCUGAUCGCCAAUGGUUUUGGGAGGUUAAAUUUUGAUUUUUGGGAGGCUUUCAUCCAGCAGUGGAUUGAUCAUAGCUGACGGUAAUUAAUUAACAUUGCAAGUUAAACAUCACAUGUCAAUGUGAUGUUUUGAAUAAUUUAGAUUUGAAGCUUUCACGACUGCAGGAAUCCAUACUCUUUGGUUCUUUCGGUAAAGUCACGUAGGUAGAGAAAAUAUUCAAUUAAAAUAAUGAAUCACGACGUUUCGACCACAACACAAGCAGUCGUCAUCAGGAAAUAUAGUGAGAGAUCUGCCGCAGCAAGAGGAUAUAUAGGUUUGAGCUGUGUGCAACCCAAGGGUAAGUGGGCGGGGCUAGAGAUGGAUUUGCAAGUAAAUGUAGAAGAUUAGCAUGUCAAUAUCAGAGAACCGGGCACAAAAGCACCUCGAGGGCCACAGGAUCUGCGGCGUUGGCAGCUGCACUGUGAGAGGAAAACGUGUUAAGGGUUAUGGUCGCCGAGCCAGUGAGACAUACAGCCCAUGAAACAGCAAGAGCCAUCGAUACAUCUAGGCUAAGGGAGCAAAAGGCGGCCAUGUUAGUGAUACCCUCGCCCGUUAAUGCAAAGGCAUCCAACAGGGCAAUACAACUCAGAGAGUCGGAGGGUAACAGCCAAACGACAGGCAGGAUGGAAACAUCACAGCACACACUAACCAGGUUAGUUAUGCUAAUCUUCUACAUUUACUUGCAAUUCCAUCUCUAGCCCCACCCACUUAUCCUUGGGUUGCACACAGCUCAAACCU